CGGCCGUUGGUCCCUCCGCGCGACGGUGGCAGGCAGGUGUGUGCGUUGCUGCUUCGGUGAGAACGCGAGGCGGCCGAGUGAGUGAGCGAGCGGAGCGCGCCGCGCAGACACACGUCUCCGCGUCCUCCGGCUGCUGCUGCUACCCGUUUCUCGAAGCGCGCACGCCGACGUUCGAGAGAAGAGGAAAAGAAGCGGAGCUUCCUCACGGGCAAUGGCAGCGGCGGCAUCGUGUCGGGCGAUUUUCGUCGUGAGGUGGUACGAGGUGAGCCGCGCUCUGAGUGCCGCAUCGUGCCUGACCGCGACCAGGAAGUAUCAGAAGGAAACGUGGUGCAGACGAUGGUGGCACAUCUCUCAAAGGAGCCUCUCCCUAUCGGCCAGUUCCUACUCGCCGACGUUAAAUCCGCUUUUGAUGAAGCAACUGAAAGAGCCUAAAGCCACGGAAAAAGCAGCGAAGAAUGUCGUGAAGGCCACAUCGGCGGAAAACCUGACGGUCGAGAGUGCGGAAUCAGCCGGUGCAGAAGUCACUGUAGCGUACCACCGAGGGCUUCCCAGGAUUACGGUGCCUCUUCCAUCCAGAAAGGAACAUUGCUCGUUCACUAUGAAGCCGAUCACACAUACUGUCGGCAAUUUGUUGGACAUGCUAAAAACGGAGGAUCGCGGCAUCGAUCGUGCCUGCAUAACAUCGUUGGAUGGUGUCAGGAUAGCUUCCAGUAACACGAUAGAGUCACUUUUAGAAGAAGACUUCAAAUUAAUAAUAAACGAUAACGAAUACAUCGUCACGCUACCGUUGCGAGAAAGGUGCACGAUAGAGAAUUUGCAGAAACUCUCGGACGUGCAGGCGCUCAUCAGUCAGCUGUACGAAACGUUUCACGUGCGCGAAUAUAGCGCCGACAUGGAGAGAGCAGUCAUCGCCGAGCUGGAGGACGUUAGAUUGCAGUUAGAGCCUCUCGAGCAGCAAUUGCAAGACAUUGAGAACGCCGCUUACAGGAGGGCGAAUUUCUUCAUCUGGACGUUCCUCGUCAUGAUGUCCAUUCAAUUCGGCGGCUUGGCCAGGUUGACCUGGUGGGAGUACUCAUGGGACAUAAUGGAGCCCGUCACAUACUUCGUCACUUACGGCACUACCAUGACGUGGUUCAUCUAUUAUCUCGUGACGAAACAAGAAUACAUGCUGCCGGACGUGCUGAACAGGCGUCAUCUCAUAGUGCUUCAUAGAAGAGCGCGGAAGGCCGGUCUCGACCUCGACCUGUACAAUGCGCUGAAAGAUCGAGCCUACGAACUGGAGACCACUCUGAAAAUCAUUCGCGGGCCCUUGCACGAGUACAAGACUCAGCUGGAGCGGAAACAACGCGCCAGGUCCAGCCCCAGCAGCUCAAGAUCACCCAGUUCCUCGCCCAGUCCCAGCCCCAGUCCCGAAAGAGACGUUCUUAAGAAACCCGUCGCGUCGGAGGCGAACGAGCAGCCGAAGAAGUAGCCUCUCGGAGUAUAAAGUCUAGUCGGAGACUCGAGUUCCAGCCAGGAGUAACGAGUGAACGAACCGACGAUCGCGCCGAUCGCUAGAUCGACGCUAAAUCUGCUUCCAACGAAACACCCGGUCGAAAUUUCAGAAGAGACUUCCUCGGGUACGACGAAAGCGAGUGCACUCUCAGGGUAACUUUUAGUCCGCGCGAGGAAUCGACGUUCGUGCGGCGUUCAGGCCGUAAGACGAAGGCAAGGUGGAAAGUAUAAUUUAUUUUUGCGUAAGGGAUGACACGCGAGAAGUGUGUGUGAUAGACCAGAUCUCGAUUUAGUCUUCCAAGUAGUAUCGGCGGCAAUCCUCGGCGUGCAUUCAACAUGGCAUGAAGAAUGCGGCGAUUGUCAAAUGCUCAAUGCUGUCGACGUGUUUGGAAGACACGCUGGAGAAAAAACAGAGGUAAGGCGGACGAGCGCGCGCGAUACUUCGACCAACUCUCCGCGCGACUUGCAUUUAGCGACAGAAAUGUUAUUAACUUCCCGGUGGGGGAGGGGGGGGGGCAUGUCGGAGGAUCACAGUUUCGGAUCAUCUUGACCGCUUUACCGCGCUCGAUCUUAUUAUCUUACUAAUCGAGCCAACGGGUCAUCAACGAUAAUUCUCGAUAGAUAUACCUGGGCAUGUAUAGCGAGUCGCGAAGUUAGUUUUUCUUCUGACGUUCUUUUUUUAGAAGUUAACCAACGCGUAAGCGUCCCGUCGAUACAUCAUAAGACGCCCAAACGCGGAAACUGGCCAAGAAGAGCGAUAUAGUCCUGUGAAACGCGCGGUAAAUCGUUGAAGUCGCGAUUGCGUUUGGGAUCGUUAAGAGCUACGGGUGACAUGUAGAAACAUGUGUUCUUACUUUGAAAACACACACAUUGUGGAAAAGUUAAAAUGAGAAUUACAAAAAUAUAGAGUACCGCUAGAGAUAUAUAACUACGAUUCGCAAGUUAAUUAAAUUAAUAUGCAAAGUGAGAACGCGUGCUUCUCUCGACUUGUAUUAUUUAAUGUUACAUCUCUUUCUAACUCUUUCACUUUCUCUCUCUCUCUCUCUCUCUCUCUCUNUCUCUCUCUCUCUCUCUCUCCCCCUCUCUCUCUCUCUCUCUCUCUCUACGAAUACAUAGCGUCUCUAUAUACGAUAUUUUAUUAAAAUAAAAGACGAAACAAAGAUCCAAUCCGCGAGUGUUAUAGGAGAUCGUUCUGGUAAUUGCAAAAAUUUGAAAUUGUGCAUAUAUUGAAAAUAAUACUGUUGGUUGUUCACAAAGUGGUAUUAUGCAUCGACGUCGUUGUCAUCGUGCUCGGCGUCGGUGUUGUUGUAAAUACACAGUUUUUCAUGAGUCAACGAAACCGUAUGUUAAUCAUUAAUAAUAAUAAUAAUAUACGCACACUUUAGAGUGUGCUUCAUUAAUUGUUAUACUCUGUAAAUAACAUCGACACGUAAAAAAAAUGUUAUCAUCCCUGUCGCCUCCUCUCCUCCACUAAUUUUACACUGGAACACUAUCGUGUGGAUGAAGGAUCCAUCCAGAGAAAAUAGAGAUACGUUAGUAUUACUGUGAUCCAGGAGUGUGUAGCGGAAGGUAGAGUUCAAUACAAAACCGACGCCGUUAUGUAGGUUAAAACUUAAUCGUUGUCCCAUGGUAUGUAUAUUGAUUACAACUUACGAAGAUAUUCAAUGUUCCUUCGAAACUGUCAUCAAAAAUUUCUAGUUCUUAAAUAAUCAAACCCGUGCUCUACUCGCCCACGGAGCAUAACCGACGAUAUGAUCCUCGCAAAGCGAGGACACACAUGUACUUGCUGUCACUUUUCGGCACUGUAGCCCUUUUAAUCGAAGCACCACGAAUAACGCUAGCAAUAGCGCGACGCUAUGCUAUAGGCAAUUUUUACGAAAGUAUUGUAGACGAUACAAUUAAACAUUCAUACGUGUAGUUCGCUUCGAAGCUUUCAGCAUAACUUCUCGCUUUUGUGAAAUAUAUCCGUCCGUCGAGAUAGUUUGUCAUUAAGCCCGCAACCGGUUUCGCCCGUCUAGUAUUUAUGUUACUUGAGAAAGGGAAUGUCCUCGAUAGAAUUGUUUCACAUCGACGCGACGAAAUCUGUCUUUGCGACUAAUCUCUCAUGUCGUCGAGAUUUCGAGUGAAUCUGCGUAAUCGACUCUUCGCUUAUAUCUCGUUUCAUCUCGUCUCAUCUCUCUUGGCAAAUUAAAACGUUCUUAUUAAAUUAUUACCAGACAGCACAGAAUUCUAAAAGGCAGAAUCUUUUGGAAGUCCUUGAAAUAUCUUUCAGAACGUUGUGCUGCCUAGAUUCCGAUUAAAUUAUUUCUUGAAGACAGUUUUCGCAUUUUAUGAAUUUUUAUUUGACAUUUUACGUAACAUUUACAUAACAUCAAGAUACAAGCCGUAUCGAUGCCAUACUUCGAACAUUAAUAAUAGGGAGAGACACGAUCUGAAAUUAAGAUUAUUAGAAAUAAGUUAAAAAUUACUAACUUUAGAUGCCAACGCUUUUUUAUAACGGAGAAAUGAUCUGUCGAGAUCACGCAUUCACGCGCCACGCUGCGCGUCGUCUUCGUCUAACGAUGCGCAAAGAGAACGUCACAUCGUCUCCUUAGUGACUUUAUCAUGUUUCACGCAAAAUGAUUACCAAACCUUUUGAAUACAGAAUUAUAAGUAUCUAGGAGCUCGUAGCAGGUAACAAGCGUAAUUAUCUAGAAUAGCACGAAUGAAAGUAUCGCUUUCCUAUUUCUGAUAGUCAUCGCGGAGCUAUCUUCCUCAAAAAUAUUUUGUACUAUUCUUAGAGGAUAUUUCGUAUGGAAAUCUUUGUACAUAUAUAUAAAUAAACAUACGCAUUCACACGCGCACACAUACACAUACGCACGCACAUACACAGGCACACGCGUAUCAAACACGCGUGUAUUACAUUACGUACACAAGUUACGCGUAUUUUAGUUCACAAGUGAUAUAUUGCCUUAGCGCAUUUUCCGUAAGCUUCAACGCCUAAUAUUCGAUUGACGCAUCGAUAGAUAAUCAAAGAGAUAGUUAUGUUAUUUAAGAUUAUUGUAUAUCUAUAUAAACGCCACUAUAUAUAUAUACACACAUACAUACAUAGGUACCCUCGAAUCCCGAUGUAAAGUGUUAUAAGAGAGAAAAAUUCUUGCGAAGUCUUCGCGCAAGAUCUCCGAUGCCAACCACUUCAUUUCGUCUUAUCGCGCAAAAGGAACGAUCGAGCAUUGAAUCCGUAUAAAUUAACGUCUAAUCGAGAUCUCAUCUUGACGAUUUCUAAUCGUUUUUAUACCUAUUUUAUACAUCAACGUGUGUCACAUUUUGUAAUACUCUAGUCAUCGCCAAAUCUUUACGUCCAAUUCGGCGGAUAAAGGUAAAAUUGAAGAUUUAGCUCUCUGUACACGAUCGAGUGCAUUGGUUCUUUCAAUUCGCUCGCAUUCACGAGAAGAUAUCCUGACACACGGGAUUGAUCGAUUCUUAACAAAAAAAAUAAAUAAAACUGGACCAUAUUAUUAAUCGUAUUAGCGAGAAGAUGUGUUUCAUGAAUAUUACAGAAACAAACUGAUACGCUGAAUGUGGUGUUACCGAUCAUUCUCAGAUCGACAUAAUAGUCUUAACAUAUACAUAUUCGUUUUAGUGGAUUGACAUUAAUGUAAAUGUUUAAAUUACCACAAGGAUAAGUUACUGAUUUAACACGUCGUUCACACUUCUUCGAGCAAUCAAUAAAUAAUAAAUGAAUAGUGCGUACAAUCAGAAAAUCCUAAUCACUUAGUGGCGCGCAUGUUAAGUCUAUUAUGCCAUCCUGUGCAUGUGUACAUAAGAUCAAGUUGAUAAAUUGCAUUUGCGAAACCGAACGCGUAUUCGAACGAAUCUCGUUUCCAAAUAUAUCUCGAAUAAUUAUACGUGACAUCUCGGAAGAGAUAUAUGCUCGACAACAAGCGCAACUGUUUAUUUAUAUUUUCACGUGUAUAUACUACCACAGCGAGCGCAUGAGUAUUUAUUCAAGGCGGAGAUGUGCUGUGAUUUACGUCCAAUGUAUUUACUUCCAUGUGAAGAGAAUUGGAAAUAAAAUAAAGAUAUGUACAACGUUAAA